AUGUUUCUGGCCCUGAUUUUGUUGGCCGCCAUUGUCCACAUUGGCGGGAAACUGGGCAACUACGACAUCAAAAACCACCCCUUGGACAUAAGGGUGAGGAGGGACGUGCGCACUUUGACAGACGAAUAUGUUAGGAAAGCUCUAGAAGAAAUGGAGGCGACAAGGAACCUAACCAAACUUCAAGGAGACCUCACAGACGAGAAGGGAGAAAGUACCAUUGUCAGAGACGGCAUCGAGAGUAAUACAGUAGAGUGGAGCCCGUUUGUGAGCGAAGAGAAAGAGAAAUCAACAGAAGCGGAUGCAGAAAUCGAAACAGUCGAAGAACAUAAACAGGAAAAGGAAGUAAAUCAAGAAGACAGUGGUUUGAUCAGUCUUAUUUAUCGUUACGUGAAAGAGAAGAGGUUUCCAUCGAAUUUACGGGCAAUCGAGACACCUAAAGUGACUUUACCAAGAGUGAAGAGGAACCUAGACAAUAGAAAUUACUACGACAACUACUACAACAACCAACAAUCAAUCUCGCGGCAAAAUCUCACCAACCAUACCAGGUCCAACGGUCCGACGUAUACCGGGUACGGCGCGUACACAGGAAACAACGGUACCAACAUAAUGAGCCUCUACUCGCGGCCGCCGUACCAAUACAACACGAAUACCAACAACCGGGCAUCGUGGUAUGAUCGAACCGGAAACUUUCCGAGAGCACCCGACAACACGUACCCUAGCAACGGCUUCAACCCCAACACCGGUUACAGCACCCGAGCGCGGCCAAUUUAUCGAACAAACCCCAUAUCCUACAACAGACCUUAUCAAACUGGACCUUACGAUAACAACUUCAAUGACAAAGCUGACCAGUUCGGCGAUACCAAUGCCCUUGGCAACACUGCCUACAGUUCGUACAACGGUCAGCCGGUGUCGCCAGCAUACGCGCCAGCUUUCACCACUGGGUACGCUCCCCCCACCACCACCACGGAGAACCCCACCAGCCCCAUAAUCGUGGAGAGCUGCUUCAUGUGCGUAUCCAUGGGGUGUCCGGCGUUCUUCAAGAAGAUCGGAUUCCUCUGUGUGCCCGUGAAGCAGACG